CCAGUCGACAAAGCAGACACGUUUGUCGUACGACUUAAUUACUUUUCAAGACGUGCGUCGCCAUCUUUUAUAAUGAAAUAUUGGAAAAACAACUGAACAAGGUUAUUAAAUUUUUAUUGGAUGAGGUAUAAAAAAAAAAUGAGGCAGCUAUAACCACCAUGUCCUUUAAACGUCCAACAGAGGUGUCGUGGGACAGUGAUGAAGAUGAGGAGCUCCUGAAUUUUAAUCCCAAAUUCAAGGCUGAUGAUGAUGAAGAUCUAGAUGAGGAUGCAUUGCUUGGAUCAGAUGAUGAGGAUGAAUUUACCCAGUCUUCAUUUUCGUCAGACAAAAAAUCCAACUCUGCCACACCCCAAUCCACAAACAGCAAAGCCUUGAUUACUGGGCCCAGCAAGGGCAAAAACUCUGCUGGUAACAGGAAUUCCAACAACAACAACUCUAGGAAAGGAGGGGAAGAUGCUUCUAAAACCAGACAAAUCACUCCCAGUUCCAAAGGGAAGCAGAGUAAAAAGAUUGUCUCAAAGGAGAGCAAUGAUGUGGACCCUGAGCCACUUCUGUUAUUGGAUCCAGAGGAAAGUUAUGACUUUGAUGAAUCGGGAGUCUCGGAGAUAAUUCUGGACAGUAGUCAGGGUGAAGAGCCUGAGGACCAGUUCAUUAAGCCCCAGCCUGUGACAACCAGACCCCAGACGAGGGAAGCACCUGUCAGAGAGAGACAGAUGGAGGAGGAGGACCAAUCAGACAUCUCCACACUGGAGGCUUCUGUGGACCAGGGUCAGGAGAGUAGCGAGGAAAGUGAUGACAGCGACAAUGAGCAUGGCAGGAGGAGGCGAUUCAAGACAGAGCGCCCAGUGAGCAUUAAGCUGUCCACUCAUAAGGCUGCAGACAUCCCAGACACGUUAGAAAUUUCAGAGGAGCAGGAAAAAGAAAUUGAGCAGUUUUUACAUCAUGGUCCAAAUAAAAACAAGUCAUAUCGGGGCAGAGGAAGGGGCAGUUUCUCAAAUAUGCGAGGACAACAAAGAAUGGGUCUCAAUCAAGGUCAAAGGUCAGGACCACCAGCCAAUCGGAAUACGAAUCACCACUUUUCACAUGAAGCCCAGGUCAAUCAAAGUCACCAUCAGGGUGCAGGUCCGCCGGCAUCUAAACCUCAGAAGAUCCACAUAAAUCCCCACUUCAGGCGAGCUGGCAUGCUCCCACCUCGUCAAGGGGACGGCCUCAUGCCUACCCCAGCCAUACCCCCGCUGUUCAGACCCCAGGGACCGCCUUCCCUUCUUCAUAUACAGCCCUCGGCCCCCGUCAUGCAUUCUGCUCCACAGAGUGCUCCCUGGACCUCCCAAGCUAACCCACAGCCCAUGUAUAGUAAACCAAAUCCCUCACAUCAAGUCCACCAUCAACAGCAUCCUCAACAUCAACAACAUCAACAACACCCUCAACACCUUCAACAUCAGUUUCCACCUCAGCAACCUCAACCAAGACAUAGUGUUCCAUAUUCGGACUAUUCAAGGGGACCUCCAUCUUACCCUCCCCAGGGGCAGCAGCUCAUGAGACCCACUCAUGUUCCUCACAGUAGGCCCCCAUUCCAUGGUCAGGAGUUCCAACAGCAGAACCAGUUUCCCCCUCAUGGGCCCCCUCCUCCACAGCCAUUAUUACCCCAGGGGCAUCAGUUUCCGCAGCAUCCACAGCAUCCUCCCCAGCAUCCUCCCCCGCUGAUGAGGCCAGAGCUUCAACAUCAGCAUCAUGGUCAGAUGGGGCCUCCUCGACCUCAACACGCCCAGAAUAGGCCCCCACCUCAUCAUGGACCUCAGAUUCAGCAUCCUCAGUAUGGUCAGCAGUUCUCUCAGCAAAGGUUUCCUACCCCUGGACAUGGCCCUGAGUCUCAUGUGCGACAGAAUUUCAAUCAGCAGCAGCAGCAACAACAGCAGCCAAGAUUUCAGCAGAUGGGUCAAGGAUUUCAGAAUCAGCCAAGGCCACAGAGGUUUCAGUCUCAAGGGGAGAGAAUGCCCCAUAACUUAAAUAACAAUGCUGUGCCUCAACAAUCAGUUAUGAAACCGAAGCAAAAUGCUGUGUUGCAUGCACAUGCCAAGAAACUGAGAGAACGGGCUAAGAAGUUUGGACAGACCCCCCAGGUGGGACCCUCUAGACCUACAAAGCCCCCAAAGAGGCCCUCAACAGAGGCACCCAGUGCUGAUUCCUCACCAGUCAAACAAAGCAAAGUGGAGGUGGAAGUCCUGUCCCCAGAAGACAAGGAGCUACAAGAGAAGUUGGCUAUGCAAGCAAAGCAGAGAGAGAUGAUUAGGCAGAGGAAGGAAGCCAACAGACAGGCAUUGGCUCAGAAAAAGCGGGAGCAACUUGCGCAGAGACUUGCAGGGAAAGGCCAGACACUAGAAGACAUUGAGCAACCAGCAGCUGGAAUUGCACAACCAAACAAACCAGUGAAUGUCAAUGCGGCACCGAAAAAGACUUUCCCUACUAGUCAGCCUUCAUCAUCUGGGGGUCAUCAGAUCCAAACAAUACAUUCAGUCCCAAAUCAGAGCCCACAGAGAAAAGUUGUCAACCCAAAUAUCGGUGCUAACAAGCCUGCCUAUCAGGCGACUGCUAAACCAGCAACAGCCAACAAUAAAAAGCUCAUGAGGAGGAUUGAAACGGUGAAGAAAAACGCUCAAGGGGAAAUCAUCUCUAGAGAAAUCAAACUGGUUCCAAUAGAGGAUGAAGCCGAGACUAACACAAAGACUUCCGUAUUAAAUCAGGGCCGAGUUCAGGUUGUGAAGAAGAGUAUCCCAGUUACGACGGUCAGUGGGAAUAGGUCAGUGAUUUCACCGAAUAAAAGUGUGGAAACCAGUAACAGGUCGGUGAUAAGAAUUGGGACAGAUAGUGAGGACAGUGAAGAUGGGGGUGGAAGGAAUGUUGUCACCCAGCAACCAACUGGCAGAAGAAUUGUUGUUACCUCCAAGACUAAAAGUGUUAUGGUGAAGAAUCUCUCUGUGUCAACAUCUGACCUUGUCAUCAAGAAUCUGUGUACCUCAGUUGGUCCUGUAGAGACCAUUGAGAGAAAACAGAAAGAUGCUGUUAUCACCUUUAAGGAUGGAAAGCAUGCAGCUAUGUUUGCUGAAAAGUACAACAGGUCCCUUUUAGAUUUAUCUACAAUUUUGGUUUCUCUUGUUCGCUAUUGAGGAGAGGAGGACAUUCUGUUUGGACAUAAGGAGAGGAGGAUUACUUGAGGGGGAAGGAAACAAAAAAAAAAAAAUCAAUAACUAGAAAUCCGACAGACAUACUCCUCAUCAGGGACAGCUUUAGAUUGGAGGGCACAGAGAGGUCAGGACAAAGU